AUGUCAUCAUCUUCAACUGAGGAAAGUAGCCAUGAUCUUCCAAAAUAUGUACUUAAAAGUAAGGAAAAAGAAGAGGUCUACUAUGAAGGCAGAGAGGUCCAGAAAGCAAUAAAAACAGUAGGAAAAGUGAAAGGUUUGGGCUUAGAAAAAGAAGUCAGUGAGAUUGAGGAGAUGCAAGCUACAAACAAUACGAAAGAGUAUGUAGAAGAGACUGAGGUAAAAAGCCUGAAUGGGGAAGAUGCAAACUCUGAAGCUAAAUCUGAUGAAGACAGGCAGUUAGAAAUUAAGAAUGAGGAGGAAACUAAUCAAGAGCAGGAGAGUGAAUGUAGUGAAAAGGAAAAACUAGAUGAAACGUCUGACAGUGAAGAUGAACUAUGGAAGGAAGAUGAAGAGAGUGAGGUUGAAAAAGGUAGAGAUGAAGUUUCAGUAGAAGGAGAUGAAGAGGAAAAAGAUAAUGAGGAAGAAAACAAAAGAGAGGUAUCACAGGCUGAAAGAGACAGUGGGAAUGAGGGUGGAGAGGAGACUGAAGAGAGUAAUCAGGAAGGUGGGAAAGAGCAAGGAGAUGAGGGAGGCAGAUUGAUGGAGGAAGAAGAAACGCUGAGUGAGGGAGAAAAGGAGGAUAUGGAGGAGGCAUGUGCAAAAGAAGACACUGAAAAAGAAAAGGAGGAACAGGUCAAAAGUGAGGGGAAUGAUGAGAGUGAGGAUGAAGGUGAAGAUAGAGAGAGGGACGGAGAAAAAGAGGUAGAGGCAGAAGAGGAAGGAGAAGAUGAAACUGAAAAUGGAGAAGAAAACAAAGAAAAUGAGAGUGAAAAAGACAAAAAGGGUGAAGAGGAGGAGUUAGAAGAAUCAUUGUCAGGAAGGGAAGAUGAACAGGAAGAGGCAAAUAGGAAGACUAAGGAAGUGGAGGAGCAUGGAGUGGAAGAAAGAAAAGAGGGGGAAGGUGAAGUGGAAGAGGAAAGAGAUGAGGAGGAGGAAGAGGAAGGAGAGGAUGAGGAAGAAGAAGAGGGAGAAAGGGUGGAAGAAGAGGGAGUAGGAGAGGAAGAAGAAGAGAGAGUUGAAGAAGAUGAGGGAGAAGAGGGAGUUGAAGAGGGAGAGGAAAAAGAGGAAGUGGAAGAAGAAGAGGGAGAAAAGGAAGUGGAAGGAGAGGAAGAAGAGGGAGUGGAAGAAGGAGAGGGAGAAGAGGAAGUGGAAGGAGAGGAAGAAGAGGGAGUGGAAGAAGGAGAGGGAGAAGAGGGAGUGGAAGAAGGAGAGGGAGACGAGGGAGUGGAAGAAGGAGAGGAAGAGGAGGGAGUGGAAGAAGGAGAGGAAGAAGAGGGAAUGGAAGAAGGAGAGGGAGAAGAGGAAGUGGAAGAAGGAGAGGGAGAGGAGGAAAAAGAGGAAGAAGAGGAAGAGGAAGGGGAGGAAGAAGAAGCGGAAGAGGGAGAAGAAGGAAAAAGGGAAGAGGGGGAGGAGGAACAAGAAAGGGAAGAGGGAGAGGGAGAAGAAGAAGAGGAAGGGGAUGUGGGAGAAGAAGAAGAGGAUGAGGGAGAGGAGGAAGGU